CCUCCCCUCUUCGAAGAGAAAGUUGAGACUCUAGUGUUGUAAUUUGGUCUCUUUUUUGUUUUAGUUGAUGUUGGAGUUUCUAGAUUAUUCCUUCCAUUAUUGUGUAAGUGUGUAUGCUAAUAGAUUGGUUGUUGACCUGAUAUAUUUGAGGUAUUGAUGAAAGUAGUGAACCUGUUGUUGCAAACGAAUCAAUCGUCCCUUAUUGAAAUCUGCUUGAAGCUUGUAUCUCCAAAAACCUGUUACAUAUUUUGAAUCUAUUUGUAACUCGAAACGAGUUGAUAGUAAUUCUAGUUUUCAUUUUUUUCAAUGUCCUAAGACAAGAAAGUGUUUCGAGUUCAUGUAUAGGAUAAUUUUGUUCGGUAAUGGUAAACGUCCCAGAAAUGUAUUUACACAGUUUCUUGGGAAAUUCGCUAUUGAUAAUAACUGAAUAAUAUGAAUAUGAAGAUUCGAUAGUAGGCUUAUAGCCAAAGCUUUGAGGCUCAUGAAUUGUGUUUUCUGAAGACUGAAUGUUUCCAUAUUGAUCCAUUUUGAAUAGUUUUUUGCCGUUUUGUAUGGCAAGCAUACAACCGGCCAAUGCAUCCUUUGAGGCAUCAGUUUGUAAUAUUAGAAAAUCCUUGUCACAUGGAUUAUAUAGUUUUGGUAAAAACUGACAUUUUUGUUUCAUUUUUAUAACUGUAUUAGCGUCUUGGUCAGUCCAAGUCCAGGGAAUUUUAUCAAAUUUUUUUUUCUGAAGAUGUUUUCGUUCUUUUGUUAGAUCUUUCAAAAAUCAUUGCUCACUUAUGUAGUUUAGACAACCCAGAAAUCUUUGAAUUUAUUUUCGAUUUUCUAAUUGAUCAGGGAAUUUAUUACGUUUUUCUUUAAUGUUGGAAGAAAGUUCUAUUUCUUGAAAACUAUUAAUUUUCAUUCCUAAAUAUUAUAUUUCUGUUUGUAAAAGCUUUGAUUUCUUUUUUGAAAUGAUUAGGCCUUUUUCAUUAAUUUUAUGUAAGAUCCGUAGUAGCUUUACUUGAUGAUCUUCUUUAGUUGUUUGUGAAAAAAUAAUGAUAUCAUCAAUGUUAGGUAAAAGUCAUGAAAUCCUUCUAAAAUAUUAUCCAUGAAACGUUGAUAGAUAGCCGGUGCUUGUUUAAGUCCAAAUGAUAAAACAUUCCAUUCGAAAUGCUUUUGUGGUGGACAAGAAAAUGUUGUUAGUGGUUUGGUGGUUGCUAAACCAAGUUUUACCCUUGAGUCUUUCUAAAAUAUAAUAUUUUCUAGAUAGUUUAUAACUAUCCCCAAUAGUGUUUCAUUUAACUUUUGUAGUUAAUGACCAUUCGUCUUUUUCCUCAUUUAAUUUCAUUGUUAUUUUCGGCAUAGGAUGCAGAUACACUAUGUGGACUUUUGCUGGUUCUAAUUAUCCCUUUUUCUAAGAGUUCAUCCAAUUAUUUUUGAAAUUCUUCUACAUAUCUUUGGGUAUAUUGUAUUUUAUUAGGUUCAUUUACUUUCAUAAAAGGAUUGUUAAGUUUUAUUUCUAUUAGUUCAAUAUUUUUAUUUUUUGAUUAUCUAGAGGAUGUUCACUACAGACUUCUUCUAGGGCUUCUUCGAUUAUACCAUAACUUAUUUGAAUAAAUUCAAGUUUGUUUUUAAGAUUUUUUAAAAUAAUUUUUAGAACUUCGUUCUUAGUUAUAAUUCUAGUAGUAAUCAUUUUUUACUCCUGAUGUUUCAUUUUUGGUGCCCUUCCGCUAAUAUUUUUUAUUCUUUGAAUGAAAGGUUGAUAUAUUUUAAGAAAAUUAUUUCCUAUAAUUAUAUCUAAUCCUUAGUCAUGUUGAUAUAUUGUCUUAGCAGUAAAAACAUAUUUUUUCUAUAAUUAUGGGUACAUAAUUUUUAACAUACCAUAUUUCAUGUAUAGAUUUAUCAGCUACCACAAUUUUUAAUGGUUUAUCAAGUUUUUCCCAAUUUUUAAUGGUCGAUCUUUUAGCAAAAUAAAGGGUUGCUCCAGUGUUGAUGUAUGCUAGAUAGUUUCUAUUAUCACUGGUUAUUUGAAUGAAUGUUGCAUUAGGAUAUCCUUUUGUUAGUACCUUAUUCGAACUCAUCGGUGUAUGAUUCUGAAUCAGUAUACACUUCUAUUAUCUCUAUAUCUGAUUAUGAGAACUCUAAUUCUUCAAUAGGUUCAAAACCAUGAUCAUAUGCUAUUCUUAGUACUUCGUGUUUUUGUUAUUAUUUCAUUUUGGACACUUAUUAGAGUAGUGGCCCUCUUCAUUGCAAAGCCAACAUCUACAAUUUUGUUUCACUUCAGGGCAAUAUUCCUUCUUUUUACUUUUUUGUUUGAAUUGCUUUCUUUUUCUGAAAUACCGUUGAAGCUUUCUAAAUUUGUUUUCUUGGUAUUUUUUUUUUAAGGAAUCCUUCUUAUUUUUGUUUUUUGAAUUUUCUCUUCUAGAUUCUUUUAUCAUUACAACCAUAUUUUCCUACCUAGUUUAUUGUUUGGGAGCAACAUAAUUCUAUUCUAGCUUCUUUCUAAAUUUUUUUCGUUGCAAGCUAGUUUAUGCCCUUCCUGUAGGGUUAGUAUCCCGCUUCCUAGAGUACAAGGUGUUUCUUCUUUGUAUAAAGCUUCUUCGAAAGCUCUUUCUACCUUAAUUGUUACAUUAGGUGGAAGUUUUGCAUAGAGUAAUUGAUAGGGCAAAAGCGUAAUGCCUCAAUACUAUCUCGUAGUAAAACUGGAAAGUCUGGGUAUCAUCUCUCAGAGACUGGUACAACCUUAUAUUCUAUCGAUUUUAUAGAGGAAACUAUAGGUAAAAAAGUUAUAGUGAUGAAACUACUAUCUAAUAAUUAAACAAAACAAGCAACUAAAAUUGUCGGGUUGAAAUGAAUGGGAGAAACACUGGAAUUCACUACGUAUCAUAUCCAGAUUAAUUCACAUAUUCUAAUAAGUUUAAUCCAAUUCUCUACAACCAGGAUAUCUCAAUUGUGCUAGCUAUCCCUGUCGAGAAUUACUACGUACUAAAUAAUUAAAUCAAAUCCUACUGUCGUAGCUCAAUGAAUUAACUGUUUAGCCUGAAGACCGAUAUCCCAAUCAAGACCACAUAGCACCUUAUUUAAUCCACUGUCGCUUCGAUAAGUUACUAUGUCACAUGAAAUAGGUUGAGUCAUUAGGGUUUCACUGUCCCUAAUAACCUAAUUAACUACAAAUCGUUGUAUUGGUGGCCAGGCAACAGAAAGCAUUAAGCAAUUCCAUGCAAUAGAGAUUGGAAGAAAAGAUAUAUGAAUCAAUCCAUCAAAUAUAGAAAUAGCUACAUCCUAUGGUGUUUACCCCAUAAAUUGGGGUUUAGUUCAUGACGAAAUCAAAAGAUAUAAUCAUGUUUAUAAUCAUCAUCAUAUUAAUUAAAGCUAAAAAGAAAAAUACUGAGAUGUCAGAUGUAAUCUCGGCCAAUUCCUUCUCGCUUCAAUCCCUGAUCGUCGCUCGUCAUUUACUCGCGAGUAGCCUUUUGUUCCCCGCUACUGCUCGCUACCGUCCAGUCGAUAGUCGCUCGCAAGAGGUUGUGCCAAUUCCAAUUCGCCUCCAAAGAAUCCCCGUCCCAGUCUCCUCCAGUAAUCCCCUCCUUCCUCCAAAUAAUUCCUACCCCAAACAAUGCAUUCCACUAGCUUUCCCUGUGACACCCUAGCUCGGCCGAGCAUUAAUUUUACUAAAAUGCCCUUUAUAAAUAAAAUACUCAAAUCUUAAAUUGCAACUGGAAAAAAAUUUCACUAAAUAAAAUACUUAAAACACGCACUUGUAAUUUAAAGCAACGCCCUAACACAUGGGCAAACUCAAUACUUAAAAACUCAAAAUGAUCUCCAGUCUAUACUCGUAAUCAUAAAUGUAAAUAACUAAUAAUCUCUAAUGUUGUUACUACUGAAACCUUGACUAAGCAUCCUCUGUGACGCUUAUACUGCCCUCGAACUCGCUGCUCUCUAACUGCUCCUCUAGGUCCUCCUCUAGCUCUUCAAACUGGUGAGUGAGAUGGGGUCAGUCUACGCCCUUACGUUUAACAUCUUAUUAAUACUUGAUCACUUUACUUAACUGAGUCGAAGUUGUUUUGUACUUCCACUAUUAAAAAGCUUAACUCUUAAAUAUUUAUUCUUAAAGCUCAAAUCUCAACUUAAAUUCUUUACUGACACGGGGAUCACUCACUAGCUAGUCCGGUUGCCAACUCAUACGUAUGAGAAGCCACUAGGGCUUUCCUUAAACUUAAACUUAUCGUGGAAGGCUCUUCUUCCACGAUUCUCAAGAGCAUAACUGCUGCUCAUCUUAAAAAUCUCAAGAGCAUAACUGAUGCUCUACUUAAAUAUCUGAAGAGCAUAACUGCUGCUCUGUCUCAAAGAUCUCAAGAGCAUAAGUGCUGCUCUAUCUGAAAAUCUCAAAUGGCAACGGACUGGCGCUAGUGACGAAAAACACUUAAAAUGACUUCACCUUCUUAAAUGUGAGUUACUUCUUAAAAAUAACUUGUUCUUAAACUUUAACAAUAAAUUAAACAUAACGCUUUAAGGUAAAUAGAACAAAAUCACCUCAAAUCACAUCAAAUAGCAUAAAAUCACCUCAAACCAUAACUCAAGCAAAGCACAAAUAAUCAAUCAUACACAUAACUAAGCAAUGGUAACCAAUUCGCUAAAAUACUUAAAAUCAUAAUACUUAAAAGAAUACAUAAGGCGUAGAAUUUACCCCUUUUACACUCACUUUAACAAGCAAUUAGGUUGAAUUUCGAGAACUCCUACUUAGCAUAUGGUGAUGUUGGCGGUUGUACAUGCUUUUCCAUUUGCAACAACCUAAAUAAACCCAUCCGAUAUCUCCAUCCACGUUAACCAUUGCCUCCCACCCACUUCUCACUUAAUUGACCAUCCUCAAUUACCAAAUAACAACCAGAGGGAGAAGGGUGAAUCUAGAGCUUACCUAAUUCCAUAAUGGUUGUCGUGUAAAGCGUUCCUCGCUCCCUCUCAAUUAUCCCCCAAGGACACAAUGAAAUUAAUCUUUCCCCUCCCAUCCAUAAGAGUCUAUAAUCAUUGGAAAGCAUAAUCUCAAUCACGUCAUACCCAUACAUGGCACAAUCCAUCUUUCUAAAUAAAGCUGCCGCCUCCACUCCACGCCUCUCUCUACUUGUCGCCGGCACCAUCUGCAUAGUUCCGAUCCUCACGAGACGUCAAGAACCAAACCAUAGUGCUCCAAAUUAAUUAACUCGCCACCAGGAAUUGCGGAUCCAUAUCAAUCGUAGUCAUCACAUCGUUGUGGGAGCAAUCCACCACUGUCAACCCUUCACGUUCCCCGCCGGCCUCUUUGGUCGCCGUAAUAGCUUCCUAGCUAUUCCUUUUGAUUUCCCACUCGGUCCACCAACAACCCACCUUCGCAAUCUCACUUGUCAUUGCUCUCAGUUUCGAGCGGCUGUAACUGUAUAGUGCUUGCCGUGAAGGUGGGAAGUUGAGAAGAAGAAAAGAGUUGCUUUCUCUCGCUUUAGGGAUUAUUAUAAUUUUUAUUGCUAGGCUUAAUUUCAAGGGAAACCUAGUAACUGAUGCAACAAUGAAGGGGAUUAAAGGGCUCGGUUAAAU